AUGGCGUUAAUGUUGCCCACGAUGAAUGCCACGAGUGCGGCGAUCAUGAUCAAUAUAUUGGUGCCAAUGAAUGAGUACCUGACCACCUGUCUUUGGGCACUGGGAGGCCUAAUAAGUCAGUCGUUGGCUUAUCAAACCAAUAAGGGUACUUUACCCACAACUACGUGCAAUACACUUCACCGGGGUGAUAACUAA